UUUUUUUUGGCGGGAACGCGAGGAGUGAAGUUGUGUGAUUUGUUUUAUUUUGUCUAUUUAGUGUUUCUUCGGGUUUAAAUGUGUAAUAAUGGUGGUUUAUUAACCGUUUAAUAUCUGUGAAAGUGCACAAAUGUGGGAAAAUGAAACAAAGCCGCUGGACGUAACUUCUCGGGAUCCUCCAAAAAGUCCACUGAAAAAUCUUAGUAAAUGACCACCAUUUUACUGAGAUUAGAUUUCAUCUCAUAUCAUCUCAUUUAAUUUCAUCCCAGUUGAUUAAUGUCUCAAAUUAAUCAUUUUCAUUUCAUUUCACUCCAUAAUAUCAUUUUUCAUAAAAUUAAGAAUAUAGAUUAAAAUAAGACAUGACUUAAAGGUCUCAGUUACCAGGUCAUAAAAUCUCUUAAAAAAAAAAAAAAAAGCUACCAACCAGCCAUAGCAUAUCUGAUACAGUAAAUAUAUUUGAGCCAUAGACUAAACACAAUUCUAUAUACUACGGUCAAUGGCGGAUGCGUUAGAAUUGUCGAACGAAAGUAUUGUAAUAAUUGAGAUAUCAGUAACGAAAUUAGAUAAAAACAUUCAACUGUUGUUGAAAUAGACAUUGUAACGUGACCGAGUGUUUUAACAUGUCUGAUACGAGCGAUCUCGAUCGUCAGAUCGAACAGCUGAAAAGAUGUGAGAUUAUAAUGGAAGCAGAAGUAAAAGCCCUAUGCGCUAAAGCUCGAGAAAUUUUGGUAGAAGAAAGUAACGUUCAAAGAGUGGAUUCGCCCGUAACGGUUUGUGGAGACAUACAUGGACAGUUUUAUGAUCUAAAGGAACUUUUCAAAGUUGGAGGUGAUGUACCCGAAACAAAUUAUUUAUUUAUGGGAGACUUUGUGGACAGAGGAUUUUAUUCUGUUGAAACUUUCUUAUUGUUACUUGCACUAAAGGUUAGGUAUCCAGAUCGCAUAACACUCAUCAGAGGAAAUCAUGAAUCGAGACAAAUCACACAGGUUUAUGGUUUCUACGAUGAGUGCCUUAGGAAAUAUGGUUCCAUCACUGUGUGGAGAUACUGUACAGAAAUAUUUGACUAUUUAUCACUGUCAGCCAUUAUCGAUGGAAGGAUAUUCUGCGUACACGGCGGUCUAAGUCCGUCGAUACACACCCUAGAUCAGAUUCGUACUAUUGAUCGAAAGCAGGAAGUUCCUCACGACGGACCAAUGUGUGACUUGUUGUGGAGUGAUCCUGAAGAUACACAAGGUUGGGGUGUUUCACCAAGAGGAGCUGGCUAUCUCUUUGGCUCAGAUGUAGUCGCUCAAUUCAACGUGUCAAAUGAUAUUGAUAUGAUCUGUCGAGCUCAUCAGCUUGUCAUGGAGGGCUACAAAUGGCAUUUCAACGAGACCGUGUUGACUGUAUGGUCUGCACCUAAUUAUUGUUACAGAUGCGGAAACGUAGCUGCUAUAUUAGAGUUAAACGAAAAUCUUCAACGUGAAUUCACAAUAUUCGAGGCAGCACCGCAGGAAUCUCGAGGAGUACCAUCAAAGAAACCCCUAGCCGAAUACUUCUUAUAAUGUUCCUGUAAGAUAGACAAUUGAAACGAACAACUUGUAUUUCGGUUUAAUAUAAUAUAUAUAGUGACGAAACAAUUUUAAUGUAGAGAUUUGUUUUUGUGAUUUCAAGACUGGCAAGUGUUAAUGAUGUGACUAUGUUUGUGAACAAGUGAUUUGUCUUAUGCAUUAUUGGAAGGAAAAUGUCCGAAAAUUAGUUUUCAUAGUGUAAGUGCACCUAUGUAUUCAAUAGAGAGAUGGAAGAUAAUACGAUUUACUGCAUUCAAGUGAUGUACAUGACCAAAAUUUUAUUGAUAAUGUAUGAGAAGAAAUCAACUUCAAAAUGUCAUUUAAGUAUGUUUAUUUAAUGAUUUAAAUUUUUAAAUUACAUUGCGCGCGUAUUACUGUGAAGUACUGUUAUUACACUGUCGCUAAUUGGGGCUAAUUCAUUAUUUCGAAUUUUAUUUCAUUGUUGCUAUGUUUCAAAAUGUUGCUGAAUUUUCACUGAAUGUUAAUGCUGUCUAUGUAAUAACUGUGUUAUCUCCUGUUAUGUUUCUUCUAGAAACUACUUGACUUGUGGCACGAAUAAUUGAGUUAGUGGGUGUUUUGAUUAAGCAUAUAUCGGGUGAUGCUACAUUUAUGUCGUCCGAUUACUUUAGUAGCCAAUUUUGGCUUGAUGCUUGAUACAAGCUCGUCAAAAAAUGCUAUCGAAUAAUUAUAAAGUGUUAUAGCGUCAUCCGUAGUGUAACAAAAUUUUAAAUAACGACCACGAAAAGACGUAGAUUCGUCAUUCAGCUGCUUUUGCAUAACAUUGCUGGCUUAAAAAAAAACUUUCCAUGUUUGUACAAAGGUUUUGUUUUGAAAUAUUGUUUUCCAUUUAUGUUAGUGUACCUAGUAGUUUAUUUGCAUAGUUUAGAUAUGAACGCAAAAAUAGAAUUGUCUGAACAGAACUGAGCAUAGUUUGAUGAGUGAUGAUUUUAUAUAAAAAUUGGUAAUUUACAAAAUAUCGUCAUGAGCAGAAUCGUGUUAUGUGUGGGCUAUCUAAAUGAAACGAGUGCUUUGGUCGACGAUCGUUUAUUGACUGCCUUACUAAUUACUUAAUACAAAAUACAAUGGUUAUACCUAUACUACAACUAAAGUAACGUGUUGUUGCACACUACAAUCGAAAUUUACCAUGAAACAAUAUUUUGUCACAGACAUAUAAUUAUUGUGACCUAAAAGUUAAGAUAUCUGCCAUAUUGGUAUUAAUAUUAAGUACUAUGCCGAUGUUCCAUAUUGGUAUUAAUAUUAAGCGAAAGGACUAUGCCGAUGUUCAAAGCGCGUAGGCAGUUUUUUUUUUUUAGAAUCUGCGUACUUUACGCUUUCACGGACAUCUUCCACGAUGAAGGUAUAUCGGCGUGUAAUAAAGACCAAGUAUGAAGGUUUUCAAAAUUUUUGCGGUAAUUUCCGGUGCCAGGGUAGUAGGCCCGCUUGGGUAGGUACCACUAUUGUGGUCACCGGUCACUACUUAAUACUAGGUGGACGUUUAUCAAUCUAUGCAAGAAAAAAUACAAAAGUGUAAGUUCACCAAGUAGUAGCAGUAGUUCCUAUUUAAAAUAUGUUCAUAAUCCCUUAUUUGACUGUGGUGAAUUUCUAAGUUUUUAGUGGUGAUCUCACUUUGGAUUUAGCGAGAGUGUAAUAGCAGUUUCGUUUUGUAAGUAAGUCUUUUAGCUAAUAAGUAAUCUGUGUUAAUAAAACAAAAACAAAAAACAUUCAAGUAUUUCCUUUAUACAGUAUAUUAUUAAAUAAAAUAUGAUUUUGUCUAAAAA